AUGAAGUCAGGAUACUCUUCCUCUGCAAACUUGAUCAAUCUCAAGAAACCUAGAGCAAUCAUCAAACAACAGCAACCCGCUUUAUUAAUUUUUAAAGACUCGAAUGAUGGAGGAAGGCUCCGUAACCCAGCUAAAGGUAGGAAUCCUUCUACUUAUCUUAAUCUUUCCAGGAUCAAGUAA